AUGCCUCCCAAACGUACAGCUCCACGCAAUUCCGGAGGGCAAAAGAAUCGUCGCAAGAGAGCUCGUGCGAAGAACUCGGGAAGCUCAUCAAAUCCACAAAAUGAAGCCCCUCUUCAUUCAUUGCUCGGGGGGUCUGACAAUCAGCCACUCUCAAAAUUGAAUCGCCCACGCCCAAAGGGCUCGACCAAGAAGAAGCGGGGGAAACAUAUCUUUCUAGAAUCCGAUGAUCCCCUUGAAAAGGUCAGUUCCAAACUUAACCACAAAACUCCUACCAAAGCAAAUUCUCUAACGCGACUAAUACAGAACAUCGUGGACAAGUCCCCCAUGCCAGACGGCUAUACCUUCGUCCCAAAAGGCGAUGUGUACAUCACCAGAAACUGUCGUAUCAAAACCAAAGAAUCUGACCAAAUGGUCUAUACAGUCUGGGACAAAGCCGGUAAACGCAGCUUCGGAAUCCGAGUCCCAUCCUCGAUCCAUUCAGAAGUCCUGAAAACAGCCGCUGCAACAGCUGAAUCCCGCGCCAAGGCCGUCAAAACCAACGACACAAAGGUUCUAUCACGCGGGCGCCAACUCCUGCGCUCAGAAUUCCCGUUAAUGCCAGCGGCUACGUUGGAUAUUGUCAUGAAUCAUGCCUUCCUCAAGGGCUCCGGCCGCGUCGGUCGCACUGGUAUGACAACUGAUAAACGCAAAGCCUCGCUGGCCGUGGAAGCUCAUAUCAGACAUACUCACACGCCUUAUGAUUCUCUUCUCGAUGGCGGGAUGGAGCGGAGUGACGCCCGUAAAAAGGUGUGGCCGACCGUCAAGGCCAUCAAGAAGUCGUGGGAAAGUGGUGGUGAUGCUAAGGGCGGAGGAGAGCAAUGUGAGGAUAGAGAAGGGAGUGAGUCUCUCAGUGUGAUAUCGAUAUCCUCGUCCUCUUUGCGGGCUGAAUCUGUGCUAUCUGUGGAGUCUGUGGAGUCUGUCUCAGCCGCAUCUAUGGAAUCCUUGGAAUGGAUUUAG